AUGGCGGGGAAGUGGGGGCAGCAGGACAACCCCUUCGAGGAGGUCGAGAUCGAGGUCAACCCUUUCUCGCAACCACGCCCGACCCCGCUCCCUCAUGAACCAGUUAGCUUCUACAAUGACAUCGGUGCACCUGUAAAUAUGCCUCUCGAUACGAAAAAGGACCUGAAGAAAAAGGAGAAAGAACUUUUGGCUAAAGAGGCUGAGCUGAACAAGAGAGAACAAGAAAUAAAAAGAAGGGAAGAUGCUCUUGCAAGAGCCGGAGUUCUUAUAGAGCCUAAAAAUUGGCCUGCCUUCUUUCCUGUCAUCCAUGUGGAUAUUUCAAAUGAUAUACCCGUGCACUUGCAGCGAGUACAAUAUGUUGCAUUCGCAUCGCUCCUAGGUUUAAUUAUAUGCCUUUUCUGGAACUUUAUAUGUGUCACUGCUUUCUGGAUUUCAGCUAGGGAAACAGAUGCAGGUCCUAAGAUCUGGUUCCUGGCCAUCAUAUAUUUUAUUACCGGAGUCCCAGGUGCCUACUAUUUGUGGUACCGACCUCUCUAUCGUGCGAUGAGAGGAAUUUUUCAAGCACUGAGCGUGAUAGGAUACAGUGCUACGAUUGGGAUAUUCUACUUCCUUGGUUUCAUCUUGUUUGUGCUGGAAGGGCUGCUAAGCAUAUGGGUCAUGCAGAGAGUAUAUCGGUAUUUCCGUGGAAGCGGGAAGGAGGCGGAGAUGAGGCCUGACGCGGCAUCGCGGCGUCCAUCGUUUUGAGCUUCGAC